GUGUGUCUGUAUGUGUGUGUGUGAAUGUAUUUUGUUAUUACUGUUACCGAUAUUCCAUCGGAAAAUUGUGUUGAAUCCCAUAUCUCAUCCGAACUGUAUAUCGAUCCAACCUAAUUGUUCAGAAUACAGCCCAUAAACAAAUAGUUCACAGAAUUGUUAUACACAGUUCAUACCCGGUCUCCAACCAGCAGUAGAAUUUCCAUUACAUCAUAAUAGGUCUAAGAAAAACCUAACUGUUGUUUAAAGAGAGUGAGAAAACUCGGCGCUAACGCUCCUUACAUGCAUUUUUGCACGGCACAGCUAUCUGACCGACAGUUUUCAGCUGUAUGAUAAUUAGUAUCGUUUACCGACAUUCUUUUUGUAGUAUAUGUAUAACAGUAAUAUAAAGCUCGAGAUAUUCAGAAGAUUUAUGUCACAGCAGAUUGCGUAAGUUGACAAAGGAAAAAGGCUCAUUGCGGCACGGAUUAUGUAGAGAAGCAGAGGCAAGGAGAGAGAUAAAAAGCCGCGUCAUCCCGAGGUACGUUAGGUUCUCACAGCUGCCAUUUGUAAACAAUACCUCGCUGACGUGCGAAGCAGACCUCUCAGGUAACUGUUGUGGUCCCUGAAGGUGUCUAAGCAUCGUCUGUUGACAACGGCGGGCGACGCGUGCUCUCCCCACGCAUGGGAGACUACCAGGCGUUCGUUCGUGCGUGCGUGCGUGCGAGCGGCGAGUACGACGCGCCAGUAGGUAGUGAGAGAGACCGCCACCGCCACCAGUCGUAAGCGCCAGCACGGCCAGUCGGGAGGACCUGUUGCUUCGCCAUCUGUGGUCACUUGUGGCUUUUUUCGUCUGUGUCUCAUUAUGGUAAUCUGCCGCCGCUGCGGUUGAAAUCUGUAUCUGGAUCGCCGACAGCAUUAACGGUGGCUUCAACCACGGAAGGAAUAAGGUCCUUGCUGGCGGAACUGGAGAUGCCGUCCAGUCGCGGGCCGUCGGGGACGCUGCCGAGGUCGGAGUCCGAGAUCGUGGUGGACUUCGCUCGCCAGCAGAGUUCGGAGGAUGACAUGAGUCACGACUCGCUCAACGAGGGCGACUGUCAGAGUCAGAGUGAGCGCCGUGACUCAAAGAACAUCUCUCGCGAUUCCCUCUACAUGGACGAGUCCGACGGCGACGGCGGCUGGUCCCGAAGGGCGUCGCAGGGCGAGAAGAGUUUCCAGGACGACCUCGAGUCGGACAACUGGCACCGUGAGAAGGCCGAGGGCAACGCCUCCCGCGGCUCCGUCAAGGUGGUCGACAGCAACAUGAAGCGGCGCAUCACGGACGAAAUCUACGGCAAGCAGCCCUCGCCAAUCAGUUCGCCCACCUACUCCUUCAGGAGCACCAUCGACCUCCUGCCCUCCUCCAGGAAGCGCCGCGGACUCCGCCAACAGGUGGUAGUGACAUUUGCCUGUUGUCUGGGCCCCCUCGCCUGUGGUUUCGCCCUCGCCUAUAACAUGACGAAGAACCCGGCAGAGCUGAUGAGACCUUCCCUAGGGGCAUGGAAGACCUACGUGUACCUCCUGGGAUGUCUCGCAGGAGGGUUCUUCUCCGGGUGUCUGGCGAACUACGGCAGGAAGGUCGUGUUGCUCCUGACGAUGGUUCCCUUGGCACUGAGUUGGCUCUUCGUUAUCUUCGCCAUGCAGGUGUGGAUGGUGUUCUUGUUCCACGCAACGUCGGGCGUGUGCACUGGCAUCAUCAUGGUCAUCGCGCAGGUGUAUGUGGCCGAGGUAUCUGUGCCACGGAUCAGGGGUGCCAUCUCCUCGGCUCCGCUUCUCGCCUUCCAGGUCGGUUGUCUUCUGUGCUUCUUGCUGGGCGAGAUCCUCGUGUGGAAGAACCUGGCGAUUGUUGGGAUUUGCACGACCAUGCCCUUUUUCGUGUCGGUCGUGCUGUGCAUGCCGGAGUCGCCAAGGUUCCUCAUUCACGUUCGCCCCAACGACGCGCUCUCGACGCUCCAGUGGCUGCGGGGCGUCGACAACGACGUCAUGGAGGAAUACCACGAGAUCACCAACAGCUGCGAGAUCGACCGCUGGAGAAUCGCCUGCGAGGACCUCAUCCGACCCACGUUCUGGCGCCCGCUGCUCAUCUCCUGCGGCCUCAUGUUCCUCUACAACAUGACCGGUGUGGCGAGCUUUACGCUCUACGGCAUGGAGCUCUUCUCCAAGAUCUCGAGCUCGUACAACAACGCGGCCUACUUCAUCGUGACGGUCGUGCUUAUCGUCGCCAUCACCCUCUCGGCUCUUCUCGUCGACCACAUCGGCAGGAAGCUCCUCCUGCUCCUCUCCCUCACCAUCAUGGCGGCCUCGGCCUUCGUGCUCGGCCUCUUCCUCUUCCUCAAGGACCUGCACAAAGUAGAGAACUACUUCACGUACCAGUGGAUCGCCGAGGUGUUCUGCGUGGUCCUGUUCACGUUCGCCCACGGGACCGGCGUGGGGCCCAUCGCCUGGGUCACCCUCGGGGAGAUCUUCGGCUCCCGCCAGAAGUGGAUCGCGUUCGCCAUGGUCUUGCGUAUGUCGCCGUGGUCCCAAGAUCGCAUUGCCGUGCGACCGGGGCUCUGUUCCACUGCGUCGUCUAAGGUCCAUCUUAUGAGUUCUAAUCUUGAAGAAGAACUGGAUAACAUUUCGAAGCCUUUGUACUUAAAGGCGGUUGUUUGCAUACAAGCUUUGGCAGGCCGGAGGAUAAGAAGUCUUCCGAGUUUUAGCAUGGCGCUCCUUUUCGUGAUCCUUUUAGCACAGAGGGAUAUACCAAAAUUCCUUAUGGAAAUGUAUUUUAUGAUUGGCUCUUAG